UCUCAAGCGCGCGGCUGACGCGCGCUUCAAAAGCGGGAGCCUUGGGUCACGUGUCUUCGCGCGUGACGUCAUUUUGUCGGAUAAAAAUGAGAAAGAGAAGCCCUCCUAUCCAUUUGUAUGUUGUGUUACGCUGAUAAGACAGGACGCAUUGGCUAAGUGAUCAGAUAAACGUGGUGUACAGCGGUGUGCGCGCGAGGCUCUCGCGCGUUUAAGCUCGUCGAAGCAGCACGGACACCGGCGCGCGCUCUGAACAGCGCAGCAUUGAACAGAACAGGUGUCGAUAGGCGAGAGAGAGAGAGAGAGAGAGAGAGAGAGAGGCACACCGCAACGCAACUCGAACCGAAUCCACCGAGAGCCAUGGAGAGCAUGGUGAACAUCUCAGCGCCUCUCUAUCACCUCUCCCAUCUGUCCAACAUCAGCGCCUUGUGCCCCAACUUGAGCUCCGGUGGCGGUGGGAACGAGACUCUGCCGGAGGACAGGUGUGAGCCAACCACCGACACGAACAAAGGCUCGACCCCUGUCAUCAUCGCCAUCAUCAUCACCGCGCUUUACUCCAUCGUGUGUGUGGUGGGGCUGGUGGGCAACGUUCUCGUCAUGUAUGUGAUCAUCAGAUACACCAAAAUGAAGACUGCUACAAACAUCUACAUCUUUAACCUGGCCCUGGCGGAUGCCUUGGCUACCAGUACUCUCCCCUUCCAAAGUGUGAACUAUCUCAUGGGCACCUGGCCUUUUGGGGACAUCCUGUGCAAGAUUAUCAUGUCCAUUGACUAUUACAACAUGUUUACAAGCAUCUUCACGUUGACCACUAUGAGUGUAGACCGAUACAUCGCCGUGUGCCACCCUGUGAAAGCUUUGGACUUCAGGACCCCCCGCAAUGCCAAGAUCGUCAACGUCUGCAACUGGAUCCUGUCUUCUGCUAUUGGUCUGCCAGUCAUGAUCAUGGCUUCAACUAUUACUACACUCGACUCCCAUAGUAGCGGCAUUGUUGACUGCACUCUUGUGUUCCCUCACCCAUCCUGGUACUGGGAGAACCUGCUAAAGAUCUGCGUUUUCAUCUUUGCCUUCAUAAUGCCUGUGUUGAUUAUCACGGUGUGCUACGGCCUGAUGAUCCUGCGCUUGAAGAGUGUCCGCAUGCUGUCCGGCUCCAAGGAGAAGGACCGCAACCUGCGACGCAUCACCCACAUGGUGCUAGUGGUGGUGGCCGUCUUCAUUGUGUGCUGGACCCCCAUCCACAUUUUUGUGAUCAUCAAGGCCUUGGUGACCAUCCCCAACUCUCUACUGCAGACCAUCACCUGGCACUUCUGCAUCGCCUUGGGUUACACCAACAGCUGCCUAAACCCGGUGCUCUAUGCCUUCCUGGAUGAGAACUUCAAGCGCUGUUUCCGCGAGUUCUGCAUGCCCAGUCCAUCAGUGCUGGACCUGCAGAACUCGAUGCGUUCAACACGCACCCGCAACCAACAGCGCGAGGCUCAGUCCAGUCCCACAGUAGACCGAACCAACCGGCAGGUAUGACUAGCAGUGGAGAUGUCAUCACUGGAUUUGCGCUGCCAGCCCAGUGUUGACAUCAACUCAGAACUCACACAAGUCACCACAGGUCUCUGAGUUCUGUCGGGGUGAAACUACCGGUCAGCUGUGAUGGUCAUGGAAAUCUCCCAUGCCAGUCAAGAUGAAUUAUAAAAAGUACAUGUCAUAUGCUAGCAAAGUAGUGUGACUCUUCCACACCACAUAUUCACUCAAGCUGAAUUUAGCUUCUUAGAGGUAUAGUGUACCAAACGGAAACCUUAUAUGAACACGAAAGCUUCGAGAAGCCCAGGAUUGCUUGUGGAAACUAUCUGGCAUGUUGUCCGUUACAACAAUUGUUUUAUAGGCCAACAUUUGCUUUAUAAUAAACAUUACAUUUGUGCUUUCCUUUUUCUCUAAUGGUUUGUUCAUGACUGUGCAAUCAGAAAAGAACUGAAAAGAAAUAGUUUUAUCUUCAUCUCCAGUUUCUUUAAUGCUGUAAAUAUAUUGUAAAUAAUAUUUUCCUAAACAAAAUCAGUGCAUUACAUUUGUCAAAAUGUGCCAUUGGAUUGAAUUAAAUAUAAUAGAUAUUUAUAAAGAUAUAUAUACAGUAUAUCAAAGAUUUAAAUGGCAUGUAACAUCCAAACAUUGCCACAUGUUACCAAGCAGUAUAAUAUUUAAGGUGUUGUUUUUUUCAGCUGGUCCACUUGCACUUCAAUGUGAUCUUCAUUUCUUUUAUCCUUACAGUGAUUAUUGUUAGACUAGGUUUGUAUUUCUCCGAAUCAAAUGCACAAUGUGAACGAUUUGUUCUUUAAAAUGGCACAUAUGCAGUUGUCAUGCUUCAGUGGUGACAAAUUAUUUAUGUGAUUAUGCAAAUGUGUUAUUUGUCAAUUCUCAUUUGUAAGAUAUUAAUCAACUUGUAUUCAAAUAUCUCAACUUGCUUGCAUGACAACAUUUUGUUCUGAUAUGAUAUGAACAGGUUGUAUUGAAUGUGUUAUUGAGGGUUUUUUUCCGCCAAAAUAAAUGACUUGU